GAUGUUAUUGCUUCUACGUGGAGUGAGUCUGCGCUGCUGGCUCACCUUGGCCACAGGACUGGUGGAGUGCCUGUUUUUCACUGGGGUUGUUUAUGGGUGGCCCUCCCUGGUGUUUAUCCUGAAAGCCAGUGGAUACUUCAGCGACCAGUGUGAGAAUGCCACAGAACCCAAUGGCACACAGUACAUGGACUGCAGCAAACAGGACGAGCUCUUCUCCCUGGAUUUCACCAUUGCCAGCUUCUUACAGAGGUUUAUUGGUCUUCUUAGUGGAUUCCUAUUUGACCGCUUCGGCACCAUGGCAACCAGACUGCUGGCAAUAACUCUGUACACCACUGGUACCUUAAUGAUUGCUUUUUCGCAUCCAGAUAUAUCUUUUAUACUCUUUCCAGGUCUGUCCUUCAUCGCAUUUGGAGGCAUAAUGUUGAUUCUUACAAACAUCCAGGUGGGGAACCUCUUUCAUGCUCAUCGUUCCACCAUCUCUACCUUGUACUUCGGAGCCUACAUCUCCUCUGCCAUCAUCUUCCUCAUCGUCAAGGUGGCAUUUGAAAAUGGGAUCUCUCUGCAACAUGCUUUUUUCUUCUUGUCGGCAUGCAGCAUAAUCCACCUCAUGAGAACCUUCAUCCUCAUGCCAAAGAUGCACAUCCCCUACCCCCUCCCUGAGGGCUACACUUAUGGCCCAAACUGUGGACAGACCAAAUGCAACACCUGUUGUUUCCCCAAAAGAACAAGAGACAACACAGAGCCUGUACAGGGAGAGGAAGGGAUAGAGAAUGCAACAUCUGAACAAGGAAACCCCCAGCAGACCCCACAGACAGUAGACAGUUUUAAGCAGUGUGUCCUCAGCUGUUUUUUUCUGUGGCACCUGGUGUGGUCGUCAGUCAUGGCUCUGCGAAUCAGCCUGUUCAUUGGCACCCUGAACCCCAUGCUGACCCAGCUGGCUCAUGGAGACACAGCCCAAGUGAGCCACUACACCAACAUCUUUGCCUACACACAGUUCUGUGGGAUACUGUGCGCCCCCUUGAAUGGCCUGAUCAUUGACAGAUUCAAGGGCAAGCAACGGGCCCCAGGAGAGACGGAGGAGGAGAGUAACCUGCGCUCUGUGGUGCUCUCUCUCUUCCUCACUGCCCUGCAGUGCCUCUUAUUCUCCAUCUGCGCCACCAUACCUGUGCUCCCGCUGCAGUACCUGACUUUCGUCCUGCAAGUGUUUGCACUUUCCUUUGGGGUUGGAGGGAAUGCAGCCUUCAUCAGCAUUGUUUUUCCAGUCUGCCACUUUGGUAAGCUGAAUGGUGUGGUUAAUGCUGUAUUGUCUGUGGUGUUGCUCCUGCAAUUCCCCUGCAUCAUCCUGGUGAAUGAGGUAUUGGAUGGAGACCCAUUAUAUUGACUUCAGAAAGUGUUCAGUUCUGCAAACAUCUCAAGGAUAAUAUACCGGAAUUUGGAGUGCCACAGCAAAGGGUCUGAAUACUACAAUAUACGCUGUAUCCGUCAUCUCCUGACGAAGAAAGCCACCCAGCUCCUAGUCCAGGCGCUCGUCAUUUCCCGCCUGGAUUACUGCAACUCCCUCCUAGCCAGUCUCCCAGUGUGUGCCAUCAAACCCCUCCAGCUGGUCCAGAAUGCUGAUCACCAGUCAGCCCAGGUCGGCUCAUGUCAUCCCGCUCCUCAUUGGCCUCCACUGGCUUCCUAUUGCCACACGCAUCCAAUUCAAGGCCCUAGUGUUGGCAUUUCAGGCUGCUAAGGGGACUGCCCCACCUUACAUAUAAUCCUCACUCCCUACUCCCCAGCUAGACCACUCCGGUCUGCCAGCUCUGGUCGCCUUAUGGUUCCCUCUCUAUGUGCACCUGGCGGUCGAGCUGCACGUUCACGCCUGUUUUCCGUUCUGGUUCCUCAGUGGUGGAAUGACUUGCCUACCACUGUCAGGACAGCAGAAUCCCUCCCCCUAUUUCGAC